AAAAAAAGAAAAGGGUAGGGACCAAAGCCCUACUAAUUACAGUGAACAUGGAAUCAGCAUUCUUCUUUCUCAUAUCUCUACCUUAUCCAAGCUACUUUAAUCUUCCAUCCUGAAAAUGGCUUCCAUCUUUGGCUCACCACCAUUUAUGUCCCACCCACUUACAAAAACUCAGUUUUCUUCAUCAUCAUCACAAUCACCUCCACCUACUCCUCCAUCUCCAUCAACUCCACCUUCACAACCUCAAUCUCCAGCACCAUCUCAACAGCUAAGUACAUCUUCAUCCAACCAACAAGCACCAGUCUCAGUUAACGUCCAACAAGAAUUCAAGCCUACAAAGCCUAAGCCUGCCACUGCUGACAGCACAGACUGGAUAGCUUCCACAUUGACCAGGCGGUUUGGCCUUGGUGCAGGCCUUGCAUGGGCUGCCUUUCUAGCUGUUGGUGUAAUCUCUGAACAGAUUAAGACCCGAAUUGAAGUCUCUCAACAAGAAGCAAAUACUAGAAAUGUUGAAAAGGAAGAGGAGGUGGUCUUGCCAAAUGGCAUAAGGUAUUAUGAGUUGAGAGUUGGCGGUGGAGCUUCUCCAAGGCCAGGGGACCUGGUUGUAAUCGAUCUCAAGGGAAAAAUAGAAGGCAAUGGGGAAGUGUUUGUGGAUACAUUUGGUGGUGAGAAGAAGCCAUUGGCUCUGGUAAUGGGGUCUAGGCCAUAUAGUAGGGGAAUGUGUGAAGGGAUAGAAUAUGUGUUAAGAUCUAUGAAGGCUGGGGGUAAAAGAAGAGUGAUAAUUCCUCCUACUUUGGGGUUUGGGGAGAAGGGAACAGAUUUAGGUCCUGGUGUGCAAAUUCCCCCCUUUGCAACUCUUGAGUAUAUUGUUGAGGUUGAAAAAGUGUCCAUUGCACCCGCCUGAGUUUGAAUGUAUAUGGGUAGAUUCUGACCUCAGUAAAAUAUGAUAUUUCUUAUUGAUUUACUA